AUGAGUCCAUCUUUCUUUACCGAUCAAGAGGUGCGGCUGGCAACGGAGCGGCGUCUGAAAUACAUUGGAACGGCCAAAGUCAACAUCAGCCAGAUUCAAUUUAACCCUCCUUUACCCCAGGACUUGGAUUUGAAGAACUUGGAGCGACUCCGUGGCAUUUUUCUUAAGAACAGAUGUCGCCGCCUGGAUGUCGACAAUCAUGUCCCUGCGAUUUUGUCUCCACGCGACCUCACGGAAGCAUUGCGGAAGGCAAACGUUCCGCAGCAGUCACUGCUGACGAAUAAUGCCCAUCAAAUUCCCCAUCUCGUAUUUGUGGCAGGGCAGCUUCAGGGCUUACACGGCCGUCACCGUGUGCAGGCCGGGGCCGAGGUGCUUCCUCCAGCUGAUCGCUGGUGGACCGUCGACCUCUACUUAGACGAAUACGCGAAUCAGAAAAAGCCAUCCGACGGAGAAAUUUAUCGCAAGAUCAGACAGUACGAAGGCGAGGAUAACGAGGCUUUUCGAGAGCGGUGGUUCGUGAGGCUAUCACCCAACAAUCAAGGGCGUCUAGAUCAACUGGACAACAAAAGAAACCGCCGUCUGAGGCGGGCCUUUGACCGGUUACUAGCAAUUCCCGGGCUUUGGCCAAGCGGAAUGAGGAUCAGUUUACUCCAUCGGUUGAUAGCUUCAGGCUGUGUCCGAGAGAUAAUAACCUAUUUGGAUCACAUUCGGGACUUCUGGUCUUCUUUGGUUGCCUCGAGUGGUCCUUUGAUGAAGAAAAUUGAUCAAGAUACCGUCGAAACCCUGCAAUUGCUCGCGCCUGGGAAAUCACGAGCUGACGCCAAGACAGCAUGUGGACUCGUUCUGGGAGGUCACGCAUUUGGGAAAUUUGACGACGACGAAAGGCGCAACAUAUGGAAUCAGAUGAAGGAUUUUGACGGGCUCAUUCCGUCUUUGUACACCCUCUUCGAAGAUUUCAAAUAUCUGGAGAGCUGUGCUCAUUGUGUCAAGCGACUUAUUGGCCCAUCAACGUCAAUCUGGGAAACUAUGAGUUCGAUGUUUGUUGCACAUUCAGAUUCUGAAGAAUAUCAUCCAAAUGCCGGAGAUUGUAUCAUUCAGACUUCAGAGUCUACUUUUCGGCGUCAGCGAGCAACAGAUAUGGAACGCCUCGAGACAGGAUACGUACAGAUCAUCAGAUUGCGCGAUCGGCUCUUUUGCAAGCCCGAAAACCGGAUCGGUACCGAUACGACCGUGAGCAGUUCGAUCGCCUGGUUAGUCAAAUAG